UACAUACAUACUUAUAUGUAUAUAUAUAUGUGCGUAAGGGAUAUGUUCUUUGAUAAGAGGGUCUUUGCCAGUAGCCUAUUACUUACCUUGUGGUUCCUUGAAAUUUACACAAUCUGUUCUCUCAUUCUGUGCUUACCCCAACCGCGUGGCAGCCAUGGAAACUUCCCAAUCUCUCUCUAUUGAGAGCUUCUCAUACGGUUGGUUAGUAAACCUAAAGCCAUCUUUUGAUAACCUAGAUGGUUCCCUUAGGGCUUCCAUUGACGCAUCCGAUGAAGCUUCCUUCAUCGAGAUGGACCCCAAUUUACCACCCUCAAAGAGAUUCUUUAUAGGUUCACAGGAUUUCAACUUCGACUUACCUACAUCACAGUAUCCUCUAACUCUUGUUCAUGCUGACGAGCUCAUCUCCAAUGGCUUCCUUAUGCCAUUAGUCAAACCAUUGAAAAUGGAAUCAUAUGAUGCUUCAGAUUCCACUCCGACCACACCUAUCUCUUCCCAUGCCCAGAAAAGUGGGAAUUCAGCUAGUAAGCUUCGUUGUUCAUCAUUAAGAAGGUAUCGGAAAUUAUCAAAACGAUUCUUUCAGAAGUACUUGGAUUUUAUUACGCCACUGUGCCAAAAUUUACGCGGCCGAAGACCUGGCUCUCGAGCUGAAACAGUCGUUGCAAGAAUGCAAGAAGUGAAGAACUGGAUAUAUUCCCCGGCAACAUCUCCGAGGUCGAGUGUAGCUCACUCUGUUGAUAAUUGGCGUAGGUCUUGUGAUUCUGAGAGCUCGAUAUAUGAUGCAGUGCUCCAUUGCAAAAGAUCCAUUGGUAAAUAGAUGAAGCUGUUGGAGACAUCGUAGAAUGAAGACAAGAAAAGGAGAUGGGCAAGCAAUGAGAGGUCUCAAGAAGAUCACCGGUCACUUGUUUAUCGUCCUCUUCGUCUUGAUGAUAAUGUAAAUUUGUCUUUUAGGGAAGUCGAAGCUGUAUAGAUGAUCGGCCAUGGUUAUUCUACCAUUUGGGCUGUGAGGAAGAAGAUAAAUUAUGAUUUAUUUUUUGUCUUUUUUCCGACGGAGAAGAAAUUUCCAACUAGAAGGAAUCUCUCAACCUCGGUCCUGUGAAUUUUUUAUUUAAUGAAAUCAUAAUUAUUUAAUAUAAGUUGAAUUUCGGGA